AUGCUAUCAGGGCUCCUUGCCAGCAUCACUGCGGCUUCACCAAGCACGCAGGACCUCGCCGAUCUUGAGACCUCUUUAGAGCAGCACAUGACCGAACUUAUCGCGCUUUACCGUCACCUCAAGGCGUCAUUGUUGAAGAUAGUGGGGAUAGAGCGACAGACUGCUGGUGUUCGUACCGCUGAUGCUGCUUCUGCUUCUGCUGCGGCUGGUGGAAUUGCGCCAUGUGCGAGCACCACCGGAGGCACCACGUCGGUGCACGGCUUUGCAAUGGGCAUGACCUACCUCGCAGUAGCCAUCGUCAUGAGUGGUCGCGCCGCGGAGGAGGACAAUGCCGCUCUUUUGUUAGACGUGGUGGAGCGCCACUUGCUGUCACCCGGCUCCAGUGUGUACGACCAGCUUCGCGGUCACAAACACGCCCUGCGGCGCUUCGGGCAGUUGCUUGAGGGCUAUGUUGCACUUCUUGACGUGCGUGAUGCAGGGAACUACCGACGCAAGUUGCAUUAUCUGCAUCGUGCUGCCGUGUGCUUUGCGCCGUCGCCGGACUACCUUACUGUGGCCCACGCGCUGUUGGUGCGCGAGGCGUCGCGCAGCUUUUGCCCGGCGCCUGCGCUCGCCAUCAUGCGGCAACCGGUGCUGGAGGUAUCGCCAGCAGACACUGGGGCGGACCUUUUGAGCUUUCACAGCUACUACUGCGAAGGCGGCCUCCUUCUUGCCAGAAUGCGCUGCUGGGACGAUGCUACAGUCUGGCUUCGCUCUGCCCUGUCACUUGUGAGACGAGCAGCACCAAGAGCAGGAGGAGAAGGAGCAGCGGCAGCAGCACCGGUGCUGGGUGGGCAUGGAGGUGGCCACGUACUGGUGACGGCGACGAAGGCCCUCAUUCUUGUAUCCAUCAUUAGACACGGCGAUUUCUCUGACCCCGUGGACCGCAAGAGGGUGCAGCAGAUCAUACAGCAGUUCCGCGGAAGUGACACCGAUGUGUACCUACGCCUCCUCGCAGCAGCGGCGAAGCGAGACGGCAAGUCGUGGGACACACUCGAAAAGCACUUUGCGUCCUUGUGGCAGCAGGACGAAAUGACGGCGCUUGUCGCCGAGGCCGGUGCUCGACUCGGGCGUCACAUCAUUCGCGACACAGCAAGGGUGGCAAGUCGGGUGUACCUCUCCACCAUUGUGAGUGACUUCCGCGCCCACUCCAUUGCCAUCGUGGAGGGAGACGUCAGUGCGGAAGCUGAAACCUUCGCCGUGGUGCAGCUUCUCCUCGCAAUGCAGGAGGAAGGAGAGAUGCUCGUCAGCCUCGAGCGUGUGACGCCGAAGCGGGCGGCGGCGGCGGCAGUGCAAGAAGAGCAGGAGGAGGAAGCCGAGGCGACGGGUAGCGUGGAGCAGACACGGCUGGCGGUGCGUUUCGCGAUGCCGCCGACGCGCAUUCCUGCCACGCUGGGCAGCUGCG